AAAAAUAUUAAUUUUGGAUUAAAAACAUUAAUUUUAAGUCCAUUUUUAUUUAUUUCAAGUUCAUAUUCCAGUGUUAAGGUUACGAGAGUAUAAUAUUCAGUCUGCUUGAUAAAGACUUUAGGGAAGUGAUGAAAAUCGAUUCUAUUCGUUUGAGUAUGUCUCAAAAUCGUUUGUUUAAAGAAUUGGAUAGUUUGCCUUUCGAAAAACAGUGUUGUUUAAUAAACAGAACGUUAAGUGAACUUUUUUAAAGUACUUACUUAUUUAAGUGUUUAUAAUGGCGAAAGUACGAGGACCUAAACUGACUUUCGAAGUCAACACUUCUCAACCAGGCGAAGAAGGAACAGAAAACAAGGACUACUUCAAAAAAAUAUUCCGUUCCGGAAAUAGGGAGGAGUCAGAUAAAGAUAAACUGAAAGAUAAAAAAGACAUGAAGAAAAAGCAAUCAUGCGCCACCAUCUGCAUAAAGUUCCUCUACAUAGCGCUGGGGAUCAUCACAAUUCUCCUGUCAAUAGCGACGAUAGCAGUGACCGUGGCGACAGGCGUCGCGACCAAGAUCUACAGCAGCGACAUGUCUGGGCGCCUAGUCGCCAUGAUCCUUCUGGCUGUGACGGCAGCCAUCACCCUUUGCGUCACCAUCUACUCCUCAAUAGCUAUCUUCAGGAAACAAAGUCGGCCUGUUCAUGUAGCAGCAGUUGCAUUAGUCAUCAUAGCGAUCAUCCAGGCGGUUAUAUGCGGGGUGUCCGUGAGAGUGACGGCUGAGGACGAAUUUAACCUCACGCGGUCCCUCACGGAGUCCUUCCACUUGUCCAAGGAAGACAGCCCCCGGCAUGUCAGGAUCUGGGCUACCACACAGUAUGAUCUGAGCUGCUGCGGAGUGUUCGGACCGGAAGACUACCGACCCCCCCGCCUCCCCACGUACUUCUCCCCUGACGUCCCAAUCUCCUGCUGUCCCAGCUACGAGCCAGACCGCUCCGAGCUCGUCCAGGAGAGGAGUCGCGAGCUCUGCAAGUCAAAACGGGAGUACUACAAUGUCGGCUGCAAGAGCUUGGUCCUCGACUGCUUCAGGGAGACAGCCACUGUCGUACUCAGCAUCUGCAUUACUCUGAUGCUUUUUGAGAUUAUGGAAGCAGUAUUGGGUUCCUUCAUAUCGCGAGAGCAAACCAAUAAGGUGGCUAGCCUUAAAGGAGCCGAGGAAGGAGCACCAGAAAAGCCAAAAAGACAAAAGGAAGACAGUGAUCAAACCAAGUCAAAAGUAACUGCUGCAAAAGUUAAGUCUCCCGACGAGACAGAGCCAGCUAAAAUAAAAACACCCGCCGUCAACAAGCCAUCACAGAAGCCCUGAUAUACUUGAUAACUUCAUCAAGUGAAGAUGAAGAAACGCGAUCAAGUCAAGCCAACUGUGCCAAACCUAAGCCCGAUCUCUUUAGCGUGAAGUUGUUAUAGAAAACAAUUUCAUAUAUUUAUUUAUUAUUUAUUAAACAGCAUAUUUUGUAGAAAUCGCUUUUAUAGAAGUAAAAUGAC